GACAAGCUAGAGCGGCGUCAUCAGAGCGCGUCUGGCACACAGUGUGGUGGACAACACAUGAGACUGUGGUGUUUAUCUGUAGUUCAGUGGAAGUUUACAGCUUUUACUUUAAAGAAUCAGAGCUGUUGACGAAUCUGGAAAACUAUACAAACAUUUUCUAGGAUUGGCUCUUCAUCCUGCUGUUGAGAUGUCUUUGUUUACUGUAAACAGGUAUCUUGGAGAGGAGGAAAAUGGGAGCGUCUCAAAGGAGUCUCGGUCUCAGGCGUUACUGGCUAAACUGCAGCAGAAGGCUAAAGAGAAGCAGAAACGGAGUUUGACAGAACAGAAACAACACCAGCCUGUAGAGCAGACGGAACAGCAGGCUGUUAAAAGGAAAAGAAAAGCUGACAGCAGUCAAGAACCUCAACAGCAAAAAAAGAGGAAAUCCAAAGUAGUGCCUUUGUUAGACUCUGAUACCCAUGAUGAGCCUGUCGAAGAGGAAAAGAAGAAGAAGACAGGUGCAAAUGAGAAACAGAAGAAGAAAAAGCGUCAGUCAGGCAGUUCAGUUAAAGCUCUCUCAGACACUCCCGAGACUGGAAAAGAUGGACGGGAGGACACAGGAGGAGGAGAAGAAGAGAAAACAGAGACAGAAAAUGUUCCACUAAAAGAAACCACGGAGAAGACUUCUGCUCCAACUGGUUUCACGGUUCUGGGAGGAUUUGAGAACAAACCUAUCCAAAAGGUACACAGAGUCCUGCCUCAGUGGCUCGCUCAGCCUGAUGUGAUUCACAGAGACAUUAAAAGCAACCUGGUCCCCAUCUCUGACCUCCCAGGACUUUCUGAUCUGCUUGGGAAAAAACUACAAAAUAAUGGAAUUCAGCACCUUUUUCCAGUGCAAGCGGAGGUAAUCCCGGCCAUCUUGGAGAGCGCACAGCAGGGGCUGCUGAUCGGACGAGGCGGCUACAAGCCCAGGGAUAUUUGUGUGUCUGCACCAACGGGCAGUGGCAAGACUCUUGCAUUUGUCAUACCUGUCGUACAGGUGCUGACGGAGCGGGUGGUGUGUGAAGUCCGGGCUCUGGCCGUGUUGCCGACCAAGGAGCUCGCCCAGCAGGUUUGCAAAGUGUUCACAUCAUACGCUGAGGGAACCCCUCUGAAAGUGGUGAUGCUGGCUGGUCAGAAGUCUUUUGCUGCAGAGCAGGCUUCUCUCUCAGAACAGCGAGGAGACACAAGACGCAGUUUAGCAGACAUCGUUGUAGCCACUCCAGGUCGAUUGGUUGAUCACAUCAACAAGAAUUCAGGCUUCAGUCUGGAACACCUUCGGUUUCUUAUUAUCGAUGAGGCUGACAGGAUGAUUGACAGCAUGCACCAAUCUUGGCUCAGUCAGGUGGUGAAGGCGGUGUACAGAUCAGGAAGUGGGCCGGGAGCCAUGUCCAUCUUCAGGCGGACCGAGCCAGCGCAUGUCACAGCAGCCAGUCUGUCUCCACCUCAGAUGCCGCUGCAGAAGCUGCUGUUUUCUGCCACACUUACACAGAACCCAGAGAAGCUGCAGCAGCUGGGCCUCCACCAGCCCCGACUCUUCAGCUCCGUCCACGGUCACUUCAUCACCACACCAGCAGAUCCAACCCAGGAACAAGGCCGCUUUAACUUCCCCCAAGGUCUGACGGAGUAUUACGUGCCCUGUACGUUGAGCAAAAAACCUCUCCUCAUCCUCCACUUCAUCCUGCGCAUGAAGCUCAGCCCCAUCCUCUGUUUCACCAACUCCAGAGAGACGGCACACAGACUUUAUCUGCUGGUGAAGCUCUUUGGUGGAGUUCAGGCUGCCGAGUUCUCCUCCCGACUCUCUCCCGCUGAGAGAAAGAAGACGCUGAAGGAGUUUGAACAAGGAAAGAUCCAACUCUUGAUCAGCACAGACGCAGCUGCCAGAGGCAUCGACGUCGACGGGGUCAAAUGUGUUGUGAAUUAUGACGCGCCGCAGUACAUCAGGACGUACAUUCACAGGAUCGGAAGAACAGCGAGAGCAGGGAAAACCGGCCUGGCCUUCACCUUUCUGCUAGGAGUACAGGAGAAGAACUUCCUUCAGAUGGUGGUGGAAGCAGGAACCCCCGGGAUUCAAAAGCAGAUCGUCAAACCACAGAAUCUGAAGAGUAUGGAAGCCCGAUACGAAGAAACACUGCAGGAGCUGGCUAACGUUAUUAAGGAUGAGAGAGCCCAAUAACGGAGCAGCACUGAUAUUCUCCUCUGAGCUGACAUCUAAUGCCCCAUAAAGACCACACUGCAUUUUUUUUGCAGCUGUACUUGGGAAUUAUUUAUGUUGUUUAAUAAAAACAUUAAAAUAA